AUGGACGAAGAUCACAUGAUGGCUACAAACGGCGGCGGCGCUUCGUCUGCUCGCACCCGCACCGCCAGCGCCACUACUGGCGGAACCGGCGGCGGCGGCGGCGGCGGCGGGGGUUCCGCUGUUCGGCACCACGACCCAGUCGCGGACGUGUUAAAGCUCGAGCAGCAGCUGUUCCGCGUGCCGCUGGAGGAGAUUAAAGCGUCCGUGCGACACGGCGCGAAGGAGUCGGAGCGCGAGGUCGCAGCGCUGGUGGCUGCUGCGCGCGAAUUGGACGCACAUGGAUCGGUGAAUCAGGCGGAGUUGGUACUAGCACACGGAGGUCAACAAGGGGAUGUGACUGUAGCGAAGGCUGCGGAAGUCGUUGGGGCGCUUCUGAAUCCCAGACAACCAGAUCAAGGUCGUGAUUCAUGCACAGAAUUUCCGGUGCUCCUUUGUUGCUCCUCUGCGUCCCUACCUCACCCUUCCUCCCAACCUCCCUCUCUGACUCCCUGCCUGCCUCCCUCUGCCUCCCUACCUCCCUCUGCCUCCCUACCUCCCUCCGCCUCCCUACCUCCCUCUGCCUCCCUGCCUGUCUCCCUCUGCCUCCCUUACCCCUCUCCCCUACUUCCCCUAUCUCCCCAGAUCAACGUCUCCUUUGCCCAGCAGCAGCAGCACAUGACCCACCUGCGUACUCGCCUGCAAGCCACGUCAGCACUCGAGUGGAAGCAGCAGCGGCUGCAGCGAGUGCUGGUUGAUUACCUGCUGAGGGAAGGGCAUCUGGAGACAGCUGGGAAGAUGGCGCAUGAGCUAGAGUUGCAAGAGUGGGUGGACAGCGGUGUGUAUGAGAGCAUGCUCACCAUCUCCGCGGCUCUGCACCAGCAGGACUGUGCGCCCGCCCUGCACUGGUGCUCGCAGCACCGCUCCCGCCUAAAGCGUCUCAAGAGUGACCUGGAGUUCCGGCUGCGAGUGCAAGAGUUUAUAGAGAGGGUGCGGCAGGGGCAGCUAAAAGAGGCAGUGGGGUAUGCGCGCGCUCACCUCGCCCCCUUCGCUGCGUCGCACCUGCCACAGCUGCAGCAGGCUCUGGCCACCCUCGCACUCCGCUCCUCCACGCCGUGCCCCAAGUACAAGGCCCUUUUUGCCGAGUCACAAUGGGACGCGCUACAGCAGCUGUUCCACCGCACUGCAUGUGACCUGCACGGCCUGCCACACCCCCCUCUUCUGCACAUCUACAUGCAAGCAGGACUCUCAGUGCUCAAAACCCCGCUGAGUUACGAGCCCGGGUGUCCCAAGGCGGACCCUCUCUCACACGCCUCCUUCCGCCACCUCGCCUUGCCGCUGCCCCUCUCCAAGCGCAACCACUCCCAGCUCGUCUGCCGCAUCUCCCACCGAGUCAUGGACUACCACAACCCGCCCUUGGUGCUGCCCAAUGGAUACGUGUACAGCAAGCAGGCCAUGGAGGAAAUGGCACGGCGCAGCAAUGGGCUGGUGACAUGCCCAAGGUCAGGAGAGACGUUCCACUACAGCCAGCUCGUGAAAGCCUUCAUCUUUUGA